GGUGCUCUCUAUUCAAGCAAUAUUUCAUUUGUUGAUUUUAAUUCUUAUAUGGAAUUAUGAAGUCGAAUUUUAAUUAUUUUGUAAAGAUUAAAUUCAAAGUUCAUAAAAUACCAGCAAGUAACGUCAUUGAGUUUUUUAGGAACCCAAUUCUAUUUUUAUCUCUAUGGCCUAUAUAAACCAGAAUGUAAAUGAAAACCCCGUCUAUAGAAUUGGCACUUGUAUAGAAUGCGCUAACUUGACGCAGAAAAGGGAUUUUUGUUUUUAAUCUGCAAUUUGGUAACAUAAACUGCACACCCCACCAUUGAUAGAAGACGGGCUUUUUUAAUUAGAACGUCAUCUCAGAUGUUGACGAAUGAUUACUCCAUAGGUAUACAAACUAUGCCGUCUUCUUUGAAUCUGCGAGACGUUUUAGUGGAGCGAGGGCACGUGUCAUCUCCUGAGGCGGGAAAAGCCUAUAUUUUCCUGUUUGUUGGUAGCAUACGACCCGUCAAGGAUCCACUGUAUCUCGUCAACACAAUGGCAGAAUGGCAUAAAGAGAGAAAAGAUGUACUCUACGUAAUAAUCGGACCAAAGCAAGAUGAGGAUUAUUUCAGUUCCUUCAAAACCAAGAUUGCCAGUACAACUGGUAUCAUAUAUAUGGGAGAAAUGAGCAUCGAAGACACGCAUGCGUGUAUGAAACACAGCAACGCUCUGGUCAACACGUCUGAAAGCGAGGGCAUGGCCGCUGUCGUUUUAGAGGCCAUGGACUUGGGUACACUUGUGAUAGCAAGACGAAAUGAAGGAAACGAGUCUUUGAUUCAACAUGGCGUCACAGGCUUCCUGUUUUCAUCUCCUCAGGAAUUUAAAACUAUUGCUGAGAAUCUCAUGGAUGAUGACGAGGCACAAAGCAGGGUAACUCUGGAAGCAAAAAAUCAAAUCCAUAAAGAACACUCGCCAGAAACUGAAAAGGACGCCUACCUUAAAAAUGUGAUUUUAUUUUCCAUUGGGAAUUGCGUGUGUGCGUGGAUAACGAUGGAAUCUCCGGGAACCACCGGGCCUAGCAACACGCUGCUAGUGCUCCAACUAAAGUCCCUUGUGGCGUACAAGUCCAACGACGAGUACCUAUACGCCAUGAAGGAGGACCUAGCCGAAUGGUUUAUGUGUCUUUACCAACUGGAUAUCACUGUCGACAACUUCUUCGAAAUCUUGGAGACGGGGGUGAUUCUGUGCGAGCAUGCCAAUAAGGUGAAAGGGUACGCAGACGAACAGCGCCAGCUGGGGAGACUGGCUGUCAUCCAGUCCAACUUUGUCCGGCGUCUGGAGAUUCCCCUGUACGAGGUUCCAUAUCGGAAGGAGGUGAAGCCCCAAACGUUCCAUGCUCGGGACAACAUAUCAAACUUCAUCACUUGGACCAAAGAUUUGGGCAUCCCAGACGUCUUGUCAUUCGAAACGGACGAUCUGGUGCUGCGGAAAAAUGAGAAAAGUGUCGUGUUGUGUCUGCUGGAGAUUGCCAGGAUUGGCGCCAAACUGGGCAUGCUGGCUCCAACUUUGGUCCAGAUGGAAGAAGAAAUUGACGCUGAAAUAGAAUCAGGGGAACCCCCACCCCAGAUUAUAACGUGCGACAUCAAAUCAUUGGAUGAAAUGGUGAAAUGGCUGGCAGGUCGAUGUACUUGCCCUGUACAGUUUCCCAUCGUCAAAGUCGGGGAGGGGAAAUACAAGAUUGGAGAUUCCCAGACACUCGUAUUUGUUCGGAUAUUACGUAACCACGUGAUGAUCAGGGUGGGUGGAGGCUGGGACACCCUGGAGCACUACCUGGACAAACAUGAUCCCUGUCGAUGCGGAUUUUCCGGUCACAGGAAUACCCCAAUACCUCAAUCCCAGAGAACCCCCACCCGUCGGGCUAGCACCCCAAAUGUGUCUCAGACAUUACCAGCGAAGUCCCCAAGAAAAAUAUCUGUUGGUCCAGUGUCACAUUCCAUAUCGGAAUCGUCUGAAAGAACAAAUUCACCGGCGCCGCGCAUGCGUAGCGCGUCACCUGGCCCUUCUCCAGGAAAGCUAAACAUUCAAAGUGUCAGUCAGAACUAUGGAACCAAGCCCCCGGUUUCUCCGUUAUCGCCUACUACGGGCAAUGUAAAUAGUCCCGGUUUUAGUGGUCAGCGGACGAAUACUGUGCUUGCCAAUUCACGGAGGAGUCAGUCCCCUGCACCCGUCAGUCGUCUGCGUUCGCCCUCACCCGUUUCAGGAAUCAAUAAGGCUCUACAACCACGUGAACAGACCAGUAAGGUACCGCGGCCAGCCUCUCCCUCCAAGAGAUGCCCCUCCCCCUCCCCUUCCGCUAGGAGUGCUUCCCCUGGCCCCAAGAGAUGCACGUCACCGUCCUUUCAACGAGCGGUGUCCAUGUCUCCGGCGCCGAGUAGGAAAAACAGCCAAGCAACUCUUGUCUCAAACUAUUCAAGAUCAAAAUCCAUUCCAAAUACUCCUCGUCCUGAUCGUCGCCAGCUUCCUCAGCGACCAAGUAUGGAUUCUGAAGGAAACGACAGCGUCGGAACAGACGACACAUCGGGUUCCAACUCAAUGCAACCGUCUGUUGACAUAAAUCAAAUCAGUACGAUGACUCUGGACGAAUUCAAAAACUUGCUGAAUAGUGCUCUUUCGGUCCCUAACGGGAAUGCGUCGGAGGGUAGUUUAGAAUCUCCAAGAUCCCAAAGUAGUACUGAUAGUUCACGGAACAUAUCAUCUUACGGAGCAAACAGAGGUGGUAAAAAGCCACCGAUUAGUGAAAAACCGUCCCGAUAUAAAUAUACGGGGAAUGCCAGCCGUAGUUUGGAUACCAAGUCUUUCAAGGAUCAGUAUUCAAGUAAUGGUUAUUUCGAGAUGGAGAAACCGAAACGGACAAUACUUGCUUCUUCAACAGUAUCGAGACCUAAAACACCAGUGUCAAAUUCUGUGUCUAGACCUAAAACACCUGUAAGUUCUUCGGUUCAAAGACCUAAAACACCGGUCAGUUCUGUUCAAAGACCAAAGACACCGGUCAGUUCUAAUACAGUACAGAGACCGAAAACCCCUGUCAGUUCUAUACAGCGUCCGAAGACGCCUGUCAGUAGUGUACCUAGACCCAAAACAACUCCAGUAAGUUCUGUCCAACCUGGUUCAGUUCAAAACGUGUCGAGACCAAAAACACCGACAUCUUCAUAUUCGAUGCCUCGUCCAACACUGAACACAACUAGAACACUGCAAACUAACGAGAUCAACACUGUUAAACCUCACACAAAACUCCACGAAUCUAAGUCAGACUCUGUGCUCAGUGAACGAGAACGACCAGUUCAAAAUGUGAAACCUAAUGUAAGCUACGUGUGCAUUUCCUCCGAGGAACCAAAAACAGUGCCGUCUGGUGAAUUUAAAGGAACGGAAACCUAUACUUUAUCUAACGAUAGCGUAGAUUCUUCAUGUGACUUUAACGGUACGUCUUCAUCGAGCAUGACUCGCAGUAUUACCGACCCUGGACCGGAAAAGGUGCCUCAAUCCACACAAGAAGUACCGAAAAGCAAUACGAAUGACUCUCUCAUUGCAAGCUUCAAUGCAUUACAAAAGUCAAUUCAGGAGCUUCGGAAUCGAGCCCAACAAGCCUGUAUAGCAGUGGAAAAUAACAAAAAGACAGAAUCUAAACAAAAUGAAAAUAGUAAGAUGGAGUCAACAAAUAUUGUUGUAACGUCUAGUUCAAGCCAACCAACAAAUGAAACCACCACUAUCAAACGCCCUGCAACACCAACUGGCAGACCUUCCACCCCCUCCCUAAUCCCCAGACCGAUGACACCGGUAGGUAAUGUUUCCAAAUCGCUAAGCUUGACGCAAACAAUUGAGCCAGUGCAACAAGAAACGACUAGACAAGAGAGGCCGCCUACUCCUAAGAAGGCCACUAUUCUGGCUAAAUCACCAUCUGCAAACAAAGUAACGGCAAACACCCCUAAAAAGAUUACAUCCUAUACUGCAAUACAUGCACAACGUCGUUCAACAACUCCGGGUCCAAACGAGUUAUCGAAAAUAAAGAAGGAUGAUACUGGUGCUGAAAUUCCACGAUCAAAGACUCCGGGUCCAGGAAACAGGAUAACCAAUACUGGUAGUCAGCCGAAAUCCUACGUCAGUCCAAUAAGACGACUGACGCAGAACCAACAACAAACCUCAACAUUUACAGCUCGAGAAAUCCCAGAAUCUGACUACAAUAAUCCAAGAGAACAAAGAAGUGUGUCUGCUAGUCCAGCCACACCAAGGAGGUCAAGUAUCACGGGGCUGAAAGCAAAAACUCCUGUGAAACAAGACUCUUCUGAAGAAACCAUCAUGGUGACUGUAAAUCGAGACAGUGGGCGACACAAAAUCAAUGUGAAAGACGGUGAGGAAACCAAAUACAAAACAUCCAAAACAAACACUGGUAGAAUCAUUGCUCGAGCCCAAACUCCCACGAACCAAAGGACAUCAACUGAGAGUUUGGACAGGUCAAGAAGUGCAAAGCCUGCAACAGAGCCUAAAUAUAGACCAAGACCCAGAAGCGUCGAUCCUGAGAACUGGAACCGGGGAGCAAACAAAGAGGAAGAAGUUUUACGAGUCAAGAGAAAAGAUUCUGGUUCUCAUGUUGUGUUAAACAGAACAGAAGCAUGGGUAGAAUCGGCCGCAAAGACGGUUUCAGCUGGGAAAACACCCUCAAAGAAUAAAAUUCCAGCUGGAAUAUUACGAAGAUCCAAAACCCCUAAUCCUUCUGAUCUGGACCAAUAUAACAUGGAAUCGCGUCCGCUGGAGGAAAUCAAAGCAGCCCUGACUCUUCCAGUCAAUGGUUUACGAGAUAUUGCUGCAGACGAACUAGAGGCACCACCAGAGGACCCUGAAAUGUAUGAAACCAUGGAGAAACUCUUCCAGAAAAUGCGCGAAAGAGAGUUAAAGGCGUCUGUCAAUGAAACGCCUGGUGGUGAUCUCAUGGGAGAUAUUGAUGUUAACUGUAUGGAAAAUGAAGACAAUUUGGGUAGUGAUGAAAUGUCUUUAGACAGUAAUGAAAAUAUAAAGAGAAGAGGAAACUCUCCAGCUAGUAAACCCAGUUCUCAUCAGUCGCCGGCAUCUAGUGCAAGAGGUUCUGUUCCUUCUACUCCAAGAUCUAAAACACCUUCGUUUUCUCGGUCUAGUUCGUCAUCUCAACCAAUCAAUAGGCCUGUUUCAACUCCACCUCGACCAAGCACUCCGACCCGUUCUUCUGUCAAUUCUUCCAGACGAUCUAGCAUGAAGUCAAGUAAUGGAUCCGUCCCAGAAUCCCCAACCACCGCCAAUGUUGAUCAUGCAGUUAUUAUUGUAUCCAAAAUCAAAGAAAUCCUGAAAACAAACCCACGCAAGGACAAUAAAGAGGGACCAAGAUCUAGAAUUCCAGCCCCAAAGUCACUUAGUGCAAGUGGAAAAUCCAGGUCAUUUUCCAAUUUAUUUAACCUUAGCUCCGCAGAAAGUUCAUAUCAGAAAGAAAAUUCGCCAAAUCACAAAUAUAUGAACGGCAAUACAAAUGGGGAAUAUUAUGAUGAUGAAAUGGAAGAAAUUUCAGGCAUUACUGCGCGAGCUGAACAAAACGAUCAAACCGAGAACGUGCGUAGCCAAUCCGGAACCAAGACACCAGUUCCAAAACUAGCCACUCCCUUAACAACUGGGCGGACCGCCGUCCUUAAUCGAGAGACCAGCACAGAUAAGUCUAACCGACUCGUUCGCGCAGUGUCCAUCUCUAGUUUAUCCAGUUCUUCGAACACACUGUCUUGUACCUAUGGCGAGGAGGAAGAAUUUGUUUAGAACUUCGUCUGCCUUUUUGCAUGAUAAUUUAUCUGUGAUAUUUUGGACGUUUAUGUGUUUUGUGUGCGUGUGUUAUGCGAGGGUCCAUUUUCUUUUUUUUUAUGUUCCUAGAUUAGGGAGAAUUCACGAGUACUAGUAUAUUGUAGGCAUGAAGAAGUCAUUGAGUUGCUUAUUUGUUCUUGGUCUAGAGGAAUGUUCGGGCUAUUUAAACACCUUUCUGCAAUAUAGAUCAGAUACUGACAGAAUUACCAGUUCAAGCCAUUUAUCUUGCGUUUUGUAUUCUAUUUAGUUAGCACAUUCCGGUUAUCAUUCCAUAAUGUCAGACAAGACCGUCGCCCAUGGCUCAAUUGUUUUCUUCUACCCUUCCCCCUUGGGGCUUUAUGUGAUGCCUUAAUGUAUUCUCAACAAAGUACUUAAAAAAGUGAAAUCGUUAUCUGUUCCAAUGGCUGUAAAUGUAAAUAACGACAAAGUUUUGUUGAAAUUUUAAUUGUGCCAAAAACAACCUCUGUUCUGUCCAAUCAGCAUUCACAACUAUAUUACGUGAGAGUGUAGAGAUCACGAGCGCAUGCGCAGUAGAUGCAACACCUGAAAUCGUCCAUGAGAAUGUUUUGUCUGUGAUCAUUGCUUAUUUAUGUCUUAUUUAUUUGAAAUCGAAAAUAUUAUAUAAUGCAAUAAACAUUAUGAAAAAUAA